AUGGCGCUGGCAAUGCUGAAGGACCCUCAGCGGGAUGCUGAAGGACCCUCAGGGGGAUGCCACUACAGAAAAUGUAAGAAUGGCACGUUGCACGAUAACACAAAUCACCAUGAUUAUCAUAAAGCUCAUCCAGAGGGAUCUAUCGCUGAAGCAUAUUUGGCAGAUGAGUGCAUGAUAUUUUGUUCAAGAUAUAUUGAAGGUUUUGAGACCAAGCAUAACCGGCCUUCAAGGAAUGAAGAUAUUGAGUUGGUUGGGCAUUAUGAUGUUGAACAAGGACCAGCUCUCUUUCCUCGUGUUGGAAAACCACUUGGAAAGCUCAGUAGUUAUGUUAUAAGGGGUUUGUCUAAAGUACAAGCACAUAGAUAUAUGUUGUUCAAUUGUUCAGAUGUCAAUGCAUACCUUCGAGCUCAUGCUGAUGAGAUCACUAUUAAGCACCCUCGACGCCGUGUCAACCCAAAGAUUAUUGAGCGCAUGCAAAGCGAGAAGUUCCAUGAAUGGUUCAGAGCUCAUGUGCUGGAUCAAUUCUAUGAACCAAAUGAUGGUUGUCUGCUACUGACGCCAUGA